AUGUGCCUGGGCGCGCUCGAUGAGCCUGCUGUCUGUGUUUGGGCUGCUCUGCCGACCGAACCUGAUCUCCCUGGCGGCGCUGAGCAGUGCGCAUGGAAAGGCUACAGCUUGGCAGACCUCCACAGCCAUUGUGCACUCGGUGCUCUGGGAGCAGGAGUUCGCGACUCAUUCCUCUCUGCAGCCACAGCCUGCUACAACUCGGCGCUGAGUGGUGCCGGGCGUGCCCGGCGCUGGGCUACUUCGCUGUGCCUGACGACGGAGCUCUUGGCCAGGCGCUUGAGACCGAGUGCCAUCACCCUCAACUCCCUCGCUGCAGCCUGCGCGUCGAGUGCAGAGGGAGAGGCGCGCGCCCUUUCGCUGAUGGCUCGCCUCAAAGAGACGUACUUGCGAGUGGACAACUUUUGGUACAACACCUUGAUCUCCUCUGCCACGCGACGGCAGGAGUGGGCGCGAGGCAUGGUGGCGCUGACUCAGCUGCGACAAGGAGCACUCAAGCCCGACGCCAUCGCUUGCCGCGCCAGUCUCAGCAGCUGCAAGGUGCGCCAAAGUUGGCCGGCAGCCAUCUCUCUGAUGUCUGCUUUUGCCCACUACGCGGUGCGGGAGGCAGAUGCCACCCGGGGCAGCUUCCUUGACUGCUUCGAUGAUUCCAGCGCUUGGGAAGCCGCUGGGGAGUUGCUCAGGCGAUGGGAAUUCGAGGGCUGGCUCCCAGAUGCUGUGGCUGUCAACUCGGCCCUGGCGACCUGCGCGCGAUGGCGGCACUGGCUGCCUGCCUUGAGGCACGUGGACGCGCACCGCAGCUGCUGGGAUGCCGUCACCUGCACCUCGGCCAUUGCUGCCUGCGCUGGGCAGCUCUGGCGCCCUGCCCUGGCCUUGGCGCGCUUGCUGAGGGCCCGCGGCCUCCGGGCUUCGCGACUGACCUACUUGGCCACGAUGGAGUGCUUGGGUUCCGACAACGGCUGGUCCGACGGGCGCAAAGAUCGCUCAAGGAAGCGCAGCGCCCUGAGCCUGGGUUCAGGGCCUUGCCAUUGA